CAUCAGCUUUCCCACAGUAGGUGUGCAGACCAGGCCUCCUGAUUUCAGCCAGAGGUACAUUUUACUUAAAUCUAAUUAUUUAUAGCUGUAUAUAUGUACUUACAUAUGUAAGGUAUUAAAAUUUACGAAAAAUGGUAUGACAACUAACGAGAGCUGGCUCCAUGUGAGUUCCAGCUACAAGCUGUGCAGAAAAUGAGCCCCUUAGAGGUGCUCAGGAAACUUGUAGGCAAGAGGGAAACUCACUGCUCUGUGCUUGUACUCCUUUCCUUCUUUUUACCUUUCAGCUUUUAGCUGCAUGCAUUGAUAAUCCUGACUGAAGAUUUUCCUUAAUUUUGGUUCAUUUUUAUAUGUAUUAUGGCCUCCUAAAUUCUUAAAUAAUGAUCUUGAUAAUAGAACGUUCCAGUCAUAGAUUCAAGAUUUAGUAUUUAUCAGGCUAAAAAACAAAGCGUGGCACUAUGUGUGCAUGCUAGGAUUGCCUAAUUGGCCUUCUACACAUGAGAUGUAUAGAGCUCUGUUAAUGGCUUGAAUUUUCAGACAGCUCCAGGAAAUUCUGAGAGUUGUUUUCUAUUCUAGGUCCAUAAAUAAACCUUUAAAAAGCUCAGACUUUAGAACUGAGGUAACAAAAACAAACAGGCAGAAAUUCUAAAAAUUUGGUAUCAACCUCUUCAAACAGUGUUUAAAUAAAUGCAGCACUGGCCUACAGCUGACCUCGGGGGUAACAGCACUCAUCUCAUCCUUGACAUGCAUCCAUGAGCAUCAAGGAGUUCUCGAGGUGAUUUCAUCUCAGCAAAUAUAUUGUCCUUCUGAUUUGUGUAUAGACAGAAAACAUUUAAAUCAUACAAGACCAGAAUAAAGGUGUUUUUUAAAUAAAGGAUUUUGCGCAAAAAAGGAAUAAAAAUGUGAAACAAGCAAUAGUGUUUCUUUGCAGACUGGAUGUUCAAACCCCUACCCGUUUAAACCAGGCAUAUUUGUUCUAAAAGAUACCUGCCAUCUCAUCUGCAUUAUCCAGUGUAUGUGGUUUUGUCAUCAAGGAGCUCUUGUAGUUAUAAAUAAGAAAUAUGAAUAUUUAUAAAGCCCUUCCUAGAGGAAAAAAGCAUUCCCUUCCAGGAGGUUUUGGCCUAAUAAUAUUACUCUUUACUCCUAAUGAAGAAAUAAUCUCAUGUGUACUCUUAAUUUUAGAUUAUCUCAGUAGUUUUUUCUGAGCUGUGGUUUUAGUCUUCCUCUGCUCUCUAGCUAACAGCUGAUACUGGACUGUCAUGUUUGAAGAGAGUUAGAGAGACAGAGCUCAUGCCUAUGAAAUGCUUACCUGAGAAUCUGCCUUCAUCAACCUCAAAAUAUUAAAGUAAAAAGAGAUGUACAGUGUAAAAAAGUGUCAAUUAGUGUGUCACAUGCUAAGAGCAUAGCUGAAAUAAUGGUAUUCUUUUGUGGUCACUGACAGGCACAAUGAAAUCAGCUGGUUCCAUACCACUGGCAGACACAGCCAAUGCUCAUUCAAGCUGCUGCCAACACAGAAUUCCAGUAAGAGAAGAAGCAACAAUGCAGCUCUCGCCUUCUCUAGUCUGAUUUCAUUAAUAAAAACAUUAAGGAGUUAAGAAAAAUAGCUAUCCUAGAAUUGCAAACGAUUUUGUAGGUAUAAACAAUGAAUAAAUAGAACUUCAUCAUGCAAUCUUUUCAGUACCCUUCGUAGCUUUGAAGAUGUGAUGCCUUACGAGUCCAAAAGCGGUCAUCCAUCUUCAUAUUCAAUGUGAUAAUAAUUAUUCAGGCAACAACUCUACAACCUAGCUCAGAACCAGACGAGUACAUUGCCUUUGAUAACCUGAAGCAAAGGAGUAGAAUUACUACAUGAAAGCCUAAAUGAUUUCCUUUCCAUUCUCAGAUACUUUUCACAGGAUCAUAAAAUUGCCACUGGCAAGAAUAUGUUCAUGCUGUUGAAUGCUAAUAAGAGUGCACCAUGCAAAAAUCCCGAGUUAAGACAAGUUGACUUACAGCUUCAGUGUUGUGACAACUGAGAUUUGUAUCUGUAAUACAAUAUGCUGCUUCUUUCCAGCAACUGAAAAUAUAACAGAUAUUAGUAAAAUAACCAUAAUCAUCAGUUAGCCAUACUUGGAGUUACCCAAGGCUAUUGAAGUGAAUGGCUCUCAUGCCUUGGGCACAAGAUAUGAAUGACUUUUGUUCUAAGUAACAUUAAUCUUGUCUAACAUUUGCUUAUUUCUCCAUUUAAAUUAGAAGUGAACACCAUUUGGGAAUCUGAUGGCUCUGGUUUCAUCAAGAAAAUGGAAUUUAUGCUUCAUCAACAUAUAGUUUUAGGUCUCAAAAAAAAAAAACAAAAAAACCAAACAACCACAACACACAAAAAAGCUAACCAAAACCAAGCAAAGAUGUAAGAAUGACACCAGUCUAACUACAGAGUGGGGAACACAGCAGUUUUCCAUCUUUUCCUUAUGGUGACUCUUGCUUUGCAUAGUAAUGUUAUACAGGUAUCUUAUAUCUGAAAAAGAAGAGAUCUAAUUAGAUAAAAAGCUACUGAAAACAAGUAUUUAUAACAGAAUCCUUCAUUCAAUGAUCGUUAUAAAAUUACACUGCUACCAAUGGCUGCUGCUAACAUAAGACACUGAUUAUCUAAACUCUUAUUACCUUUUUCAGGUCAGGCCAUUCCUUAGGUAGAAUGUGGCUAUGAAUAUCAAUUUUCAUUUUGGAAGUAUCAAAGGAGAAACACUGUUUCACAGUUUGCUGUGUAAUUGCCACUAUCCUCCUUGCCCCUGGUUCGGCAGCUUAUUAACUUCAGCUGCUGCUCAGAUCCACCUGCCGUGGGUCACGAGAACACAGUACAGUAACCAACCAGGGGAGCCCAGAUCCCAGAGGAGUGGCUGUGCAAAAGAACAAAGGCUUCUAGCAGAAAGUCCAUGGUAUUGCAUCAACUGCAGCUGGCUGAGGGCAAAGGGAGGAGUGUGUGUUUAUAUUGGCAGUAUAAAGGGUUUUAUUUUACCUGGAGUCUAAAUGCAAGCUCAGCUUUACGAGCUGAAAAUCAUUCAAAGACAUUGAAUUAGAGUAAAUGUAUUAAACAGGCUGAUUUCAAUUUUCUCCUUUCUCUCUCUUAGGUUCUUACAUAAUUUGUAGCAAGCACGUGAUAUAUACUCGGUUUACUAGAAAGCAGUACAAGGCUAAAACCUCAUGAAGCUCAAAGCUACAGAAAGAAGGCAUUGUGGGUUUCCUGGGUCUCCAUUAUUGUCACACUGGCUCUUGCAGUGGCUGCUUUCACUGUCUCCGUAAUGAGAUACAGUGCAUCAUCGUUUGGAUUUGCUUUUGAUGCUACCCUGGAUGUUUUGUCGUCAGCAAUAGUUUUGUGGCGUUACAGCAACGCAGCUGCUGUACAUUCUGCACACAGGGAGUACAUAGCCUGUGUUAUCUUGGGUGUCAUAUUCCUCCUAUCAUCUAUAUGUAUUGUGAUCAAAGCUAUUCACGAUCUUGCAAAGAGGGUUCUUCCAGAAGUGGAUGACUUUCUGUAUAGUGUCUCCGUUUUAAGUGGCAUCCUCUGCACUGUUUUGGCAGUAAUCAAGUUUAUGCUGGGCAAGGUCCUUACAAGCAGAGCACUGAUAACUGAUGGUUGCUUAUUGAUAUGGUGCCCCGCGUACGGCAAACGCGCCACUAUGAAAUGUUUGAGUGAAGAUCACACACCUCUUCUUUGUAAGGACUCUAAAACUUCAGCAGUUUGGGCAAGUGGUGCCAAUGGUAUUUUAUUCAAUAUGCCGUUUGUUUCCCGUGGUCCGUUUUUGUUGAAGUUUGUUUUAAUGGGAAAUCUCUCUGUAAAAUUGGCAUAUGUGCACACUGCUUGCAAUUCCGUGAAACAGCAGCAUUUUUCUUUCAAUAUGCUAUUGAUUCCUGUGACGAUAGAAAACAUGCAGUUUGCAGUUCUAGCCCAGCUGCCACAUUGUAUAUUCUGAAGUGAAAGUGUUCUUAAUGAUGUGAUAAACCUGUGGGUAAAGAAGUGCCAGUUUCAGAUCUUGUUUAUUUGCCCUGGCCUGUAUUUUCCUAAACACAUGCUGUAACAGAAGUGCAAUCCUUGCUGACCUCUUUGGCUAUGGAAUAUCCUGUUGUAAAGAGCGGACUCCAAGAGCUGUGUUGCUUUGGAACACUUACCUGGGAUCUCCCUUCAUCCCUUUUUAAAUAGGCCCACAGAAAGAGAGGCUACAAACCUUUCUGGGAUCAGAGCGGUUCUUCAUCUGAGCCCUAACCUGAGCGAAGCGAUACCUCUUCAACUUAAAUUCUAUUUUUUCUUAAGAAGACACUGUUGAUUGCUUUGCAUGGACCAAACAAGCACACACAGUAUUACUGUACAGACCAAAGCCAAGAAGUCACGCAAGGAAGAGAAGCUGCUUGAGGAAUGAGACUUUUUAUUCUAUUAUACUUUACACAGACGUGUUGGUGUGUGUGACUGUGGUUGCUCUGUAGUCUGAUGAUGGCACAGCAGUGGCGCAACUGGGUGGUGAGACAGAGAUCUAUUUAUUAGAUUUAGAUUGUUCUGUAAAGUGUUGCUCACCUUCCAUCGCACAUCUUAUGUAUUACUAGCAGGUUAAAUUAUCAAAGAAACUCGAUGUAUAAACAAUAAAACUGGUAUCUAUUUUAUACAAUACCGUAAGUAACAUUUAAAAACUAUUUCCAGAAUGUACCAUAGGGCAAAGUCUUCCUGUAUAGCAGCCUAUUAAACUGGAUUCUCUGGCUA